AGUAAGUGUUCCAACUUUGUACUGCAUUCUAAUUCUGCCGUGAGUGGCGAGAAAAUGGAGGACAAUCCCAGGAUAUUAUUCACUGUGUGCUUUUUAUGAGAGGACAUCGAAGGACGAUCCUUGGGCAACAAAACUCCAAACAGACAAUCUACAACUUUACUGAAGUUUAAAUCAGUUCCUUGGAUUAAGGUACCACUUGAAUCACAUGAGGCAAAGAUGCACACCAGACUGGGAUGGAACAAGUACACCGACGUAACCCCUAACAUGUCUUGGGAGGACGGGGAGUGUGAGCCCUGAAAGGGGUGCUGGGAUGUGAGUUGGCCAGCAUCCAGUAUGAGCCAGAGCCAAAGAGGCAGCAGCAACAAAGACGAGCAACAACAGGAAUCCUAAUCUUCCCUUGCAUCUUUCCCACUGCAGCCUGUUAUCUAUUCAGGUCAGACUGAGUCUGGUGUGAAGAAUUUGUGUGUGAGAGUGCAGGCCACAUUCACUCAUGAGGCCUAAGACGUUCCCUGCCGCCCCGUAUGUGGGCAACACGCGCCAGCGCCUGCAGGAGAUCAAGGAGGGACUGAAACAACCUGCGAAGCUGGUGAGCCAGGCACUUCACGGAGGGAGCGCUCGUGGGGAGGGGGGCAGAGGUGGGGACUCUAAGGGCAAAGACCAAGCUGGAAGGCAACAACAACUCCGGCAGCCUCAGAAGUUCACCAACUAUCAAAAUGCCCUGCGAGAGAUCCGCAAGUCUCUCUUGCCUUUUGCCAAUGAAUCAGGCCCAGGAUCCAGCUCAGGACAUCCUGGUGAAGUCAACAGACAGAUGCUGCAGGAUCUCGUCAACGCUGGCUGUGAUCAGGAAAUGGCAGUCCGUGCCCUAAAACAGACUGGCAGCCGUAACAUUGAGGCAGCAUUGGAAUACAUUAGCAAAAUGGGCUACCUAGACCCUCACAACGAACAGAUUGUACGUGUCAUCAAACAGACUUCCCCAGGAAAAACUGGCAUGCCAAAUUUAAUGGACCACAGGGCGGCAAUGGAGGGCACUGGGAAUGGUGCAAUGCCACCUUAUCACCAAAUGGGGGCACCACUAUAUGAAGGAGCUGGUUAUGGGGCUGAGGGUGAGAUUCCUCGUGCAUACAUGGGUGGACCACCUGUCAUGAACUACAUGCCACCACCUACCAACACUUCACAGGGUCCUACCAUAGGGAACCCAAUGAGUCGUCCCACAAGUAUGGGUGCCUACUCCACAAGCAUGGCUCCCCAAAAUAACCCCGGAAACCCUUUGUACACCCUUGGUCCAGCCACGCAAAAAGGAUACCCUGGUGGGAUAGACCAGCCCAUGAUGGGCUACAGUGUGCCUGGACCACCCAUGCAAAUCCAGCCUCAGCCCUCGGGAGGUCCUGGCACUCAUUAUGACUACAUGCCUCAUAUGAUAGAAGCCUCCAGCUAUGGGGUAAAACGAAGUGCUUCUUUCCAGAAUAAGAUGACCCCAUUAACAUCCGAAAACUAUGUUAAUAUGUCAGGCAAAGGGGCAAUGGGCCAAAACGCUGGUGGCUAUCCUCCUAAUUUAUAUCUUCCACCACAUUCGCACCCACACCAAGCCAGUCCCACCGCACACCAGGGUUACAUGAUGCAGCGCUCCCCUGGUGUUGCCCCUGGAACUAUAGGUGGUGAGUUUUCUGACGUUCCUCUAGGCCUCCUCACUCCUUCCAGGGCCAGUCUGAACCUCGACCUCUAUGAGCAUCACUGGCCAGGAGCCCAAGGUCCUGAGGGGACUCCUCCUGCUAGGCAGCCACAGGGGCCUUUUCGAGGGGAGGUACGUGUCCCCAGUAGGACCAAUUCUUUUAACAACCACCAGAAGGUGACUAACACAAUAACUGCAGUGACCUCUCCACCAAUCCAGCCACCUGUAAAGAGUAUACGGGUCAUGAGGCCUGAGCCAAAGACAGCAGUGGGACCAUGCCAUCCAGGCUGGCUGAGUGCCCAAGCCCAGGAAGCACCAGAAUCUCACGGAUACAUGCCAGAUGAGAAUUUUCCCCUGGAGCCCAAUCAGGAACACCAUUGUCUGCCUCGUCCCUACCCCAAAACACUGCUCCUGCCUGGAUCUGGACCUGGAACUGAGCCUGCAUCCCUGGAGACUGGAGCCGUGGGUGGACUUCAAGAUGUCAAUGCUACAAGUAGAACUGGCCAGAGUGCCUCAGUAGGAAAGCAAGAGGAACAUGUCUCCAAAGACAAAGUGAAGACAGGCAAAGGAGAGAAGGCAGUGAAGGAUAAGAAGCAGAUUCAGACCUCACCUGUGCCUGUGCGUAAGAAUGCCCGUGAUGAAGAGAAGCGGGAGUCACGCAUUAAAAGUUAUUCUCCCUUCGCCUUUAAGUUCUACAUGGAGCAGCAUGUGGAGAAUGUGAUGAAGACCUAUCAGCAGAAACUCAAUCGCAGGAUGCAGCUGGAGCAAGAGAUGUCUAAGGCUGGCCUUUCAGAGGCAGAGCAGGAACAGAUGAGAAAGAUGCUUUACCAGAAGGAAUCCAAUUACAACAGACUAAGACGUGCCAAGAUGGACAAAUCAAUGUUUGUCAAAAUCAAGACACUCGGCAUUGGGGCCUUUGGUGAGGUGUGUCUUACACGCAAAGUGGACACAGGGGCUCUGUAUGCCAUGAAGACUCUACGAAAGAAAGAUGUUCUGAACCGAAACCAAGUAGCCCAUGUGAAAGCAGAGCGAGACAUCUUGGCAGAGGCUGACAAUGAGUGGGUAGUCAGGUUGUACUACUCAUUUCAGGACAGAGACAGCCUGUACUUUGUCAUGGAUUACAUUCCAGGAGGAGAUAUGAUGAGCUUGCUGAUCCGUAUGGGGGUUUUUCCAGAGCCCUUAGCCAGGUUCUAUGUGGCAGAACUAACGCUGGCCAUAGAAAGUGUUCAUAAGAUGGGCUUCAUCCACAGAGAUAUUAAGCCUGACAACAUCCUCAUUGACCUGGAUGGACACAUCAAACUGACUGAUUUUGGUCUGUGUACUGGCUUCCGUUGGACUCACAACUCAAAGUAUUACCAAAAAGGGAACCAUAUCCGGCAAGAUAGUAUGGAGCCGAGUGACUUUUGGGAUGAUGUGUCUAACUGCCGUUGUGGUGAUCGGCUGAUGACUUUGGAACAGCGGGCAACACGACAACACCAGCGUUGCCUGGCACACUCUCUGGUGGGCACUCCUAACUACAUCGCCCCUGAGGUGCUUCUGCGCAAAGGAUACACACAGCUGUGUGACUGGUGGAGUGUUGGAGUGAUCCUGUUUGAGAUGCUGGUUGGCCAGCCACCCUUCCUUGCUCCAACCCCAACGGAGACACAGCUUAAGGUGAUAAAUUGGGAGAAUACUCUGCAGGUGCCUCAACAAGUAAAACUGAGUCCAGAGGCAGUUGAUAUCAUUGGUCAACUCUGCUGCUCAGCUGAAGAGCGUAUAGGAGGCAACGGGGCUGGAGAGAUAAAGGCUCACCCAUUCUUUGCAGAGAUGGAUUUCUCCAGCAAUCUUCGCACACAGCCUGCUCCUUACAGACCGAAAAUUGCUCACCCCAUGGAUACAUCCAACUUUGACCCUGUGGAAGAGGAGGGGGGUCCAGGGGCCUGGAGUGACAGUGGAGACAGCACCCGGACUUGGGACAUCCUCUGUUCUCCUCAUGGCAAACACCCUGAGCAUGCCUUCUACGAGUUCACCUUCCGAAGGUUUUUUGAUGAUAAUGGCUGCCCAUUCCGUUAUCCCAAGCCCCCCGAGGCAACGCACGACCAUCCCAGCAGUAGUGGGGCUAAUACCCUGAAGCCUGAGCUGGAGGAGGAAGAGAUUCAUGAGGAGGAAGCGCAAGGGGAAGGGUGUGAGGCGGUGUAUGUGUGAGAAUGUGGUGUUCAU